AAGCGAUAAAUUUUCGACAGAGAAAUUGUGACGCGCGGGCGCGCCGAAUACAACCCACGGUCUUAUGACGAUAUGGAAUAUCAAAAACGCAUAUUUGACGAGGGUCUUAGAAAUGUGAAGAAUAACGUUCUAAAGUUUGUAUUGUUAAAGAUUGAACACUGCAAUGCGAAUGAUAGCGUAAAUUUUUCUGACGCUUACUUGAAAUACAAGGUUAUUAGAGAUGAAAUUGGUGUUGAUAAACACAACAAAGCGAAAAUAUUAAGUCUUCGCUUUACAACAUUGUUUAGGAAUGGGCUUAAGUUGUUAAGUGAUUUAGAAAACUCAGAUACAAAAUUUGAAACACUGGAAUUAUACGAAAAGACUGCUAUCCAGCUCCUCAAUGAUUUCUUCAAAAAUGUAGAUCAUCAUGAGGAAAGCCUUCAGAAAGUGUUCAGUAGAAACUCAGUUUCAGAGACAGACCUAACAAUAGGUUUGGCUGAACAUCUCUUGGGAAGACUUGCACCAGGACAUGAAUACAUUGUUAAUCACAAAGUAAAAGGAAAGUGUAAAUGUGGAUGUGGAGUGGAGCCAAAGUUUGAAAGUACAGGAAUUGGUCAUGAAGCGGUAUGGCAUGGACAUAUUGAUGUCAUCUUCUCGUCUCGUCUUGGACCACCAUCCUCUGACGUAGCUGUAAAAACUGUUGAUAGAUGGGAACAAGAUGUGCAUCCAGAUGAAGACGAAGAACAGACCUCAACUCCAGGGAAAAAGAGAAAAAGAGAUGGUGAUUUUGAAGAAUCUAAUAUUUCUCAUGGUGACAAGUCUAUUGCUGAAGUGAAACACACAUCAAGUGGUGCAAGACAACAGACAUUAGCACAAACAAUCGUCUUUUCCCUACUCCAAAAGCAGAAGCAUCCUGACUCUAAGAAUUUUCUUGUUCCAAAUAUUCUUAUUUCUCCAGAGGAGGUUCAAAUAGUAAUGUAUGAUGCAGAAUAUGAUGUGUUGCUCUGCAGUAACAUAAUUAAAUUGUUCGACCCCGUUGCAUAUUGCUUGAUUCCAGAGACAAUGAUCAUACUUUGGAUGGUUUUUCAUUAUCCGAUGUUCUGCACAGGACUACCAUUUCAAAUUCUGCCAAUGAUACAUGAAUAUAGAUCACAUUUUAAAGAACUUGCAGAGGCAAAAUGGGACAUAUAUUCGAAAUCAUUGAGAAGUUGUGUUUCUGGUUUUCCAGUGAUUGAUGAGGAGAUUGAUUAUCGGACUGACUUUCUGUACACCAAAAAUAUAUGUUGAUUAUUAACCUCCAAAUGAAGAAAUCAACACAUGGUAAAUUUCUGAAUUGAAAGCCCACUGGAGUUUUUUUUAUCAAAAUUGUCCAAUUUCAAAUUUUUGUUAGUGGCAUUGGUGUUGUCAUUUAACAUUUUCAUCUCCUAAAUUUUAAUCCAUUGACUGACUGAGUCAAUUUCAACUUGGCACAAAGUACACUGUAUUCUUCCCUUGGUUAAUGAGCUUUAAUGCUUAAUAGGAAUUCAAUUCAGAUUAAGAAAAGAGAAAUACAAUGACUAAAACCAAAUCCGGUCCAAUAGGUUUUUUUCUUUUGUUAACCAGGUGUGAUCCUAUGUUGAAAUGAAGGGGAAAAACUAUGUAAAUGAUAAAUAUAAACUGCUUCUAUUUUGAAUUCCAAAUUGCCAUUCAGAAAUGGCAAGUAUUAUCAAUUAUUGUAUCGACAACCAUUUUUAUUCACAAAACUGUUUUAUUGAUUUGUAAAACACAAAAGCCUGUCAAUGUCAUACAUGAUUUUUGCAGACACUGAUAUACGUUUAUGCAUGUGUACAAAUGUCCUUUGCAAAAUGUUUUGCAAAACCACAAAUUGUUUUUCGAGUCAAAGUUUUCAUGCAUAUAUAUAUGUGAGAAAUCUUUUAAAAUCUUCUCAAGAACAACAGGAUCAUAAUAAGUUGUGCUAAUGUACAAGCAUCCAUGGGUAAUGUGGAUUCAAGCUUGUUCAAAUUGUGGCCCUCGGAAGUAGGUUGGGCCACAAUAGGGGAUCAAAGUUUUAAAUUCGGAAUACAUGUACGUAGGAAAACAUUUUUAAAAUUCUUCAUCUCAAUAACAACAGGGCUCUCAUUAGUCAUAUUGAUAUACAAACAUCUUCAGGUAGUUUAAACUUCAUUUUCUUCAGUACAGAGAACCUGAAGUCAUCCCGUCUGUAAAAAGUUGAGUUGUUAGUUUGUCGUUAACAUCGAUGUUUAAUAAAAUAUCUAAGUUCGAAGCAGU